AUGCCUCAUUUGCCCAAUCCGCCUUUUGUCUUUCCAGCCCGAGAUCCUGAUGCCCCGGAUACUGCGCCGGAGACUGAGGGUCAUACGCCGCCGCCUCUGCCUGCCUUUUCUUUCAACCCCGGAUCAGAACCACUUCCACCACCUAACAAUGUACCAAGCCGACUCAACGGACAUCGCAGACGGCCAAGCGAAUUCGUGGGAGGUGACCAGUUGGUAACGCCAGGCGCAGGAGAAUCGGAGAAGCGCGAAGAGCCUUCAGUGUCUGGCGUGGAUCUGAAUGCCAUCCAGAGGGCACUUAUUCCUAACUCAGGCUCCGAAAGCGCUCCGACUCCACCGGGAGAUCCUCUGGUGAACAAAAGCCAUGAUGACAUCUCAAAACCGCUCUCCUACUCAGCAGGGAGUCUUGGUCGCCCAACACCUCCAGCCUCCCCCCGUUUUGCAACCGUUCCGCCAGUUCCAGAUAUUCCCCCAGUUCCGCCUAUUCCGAGCACGAUUAAUCUUCAACCGGCUCCGAGCGACGACGAGGAGAAGCCAAGUCGCCCCGUUUCUGCAAUUUUCCACCCACCUCCAGAUUCUCCAUCAUCGGUUCUGUUCGAGCCUCCAGAGAUUCCAGCGCCGCCAGUAAUCCAGGAACCACCUCCUGACCGCAAGAUCAAGCCGAGGCCAAAGACCGCCGAUGCAUCUUUGGCAUUCCAACUGAUGCAGAGCCAGGAGUCGUCGAAAGACUCUCCUGUCAAACGUUCUAAAUCGACUGGAAAUCGUCGCGCUCGAAAGAGCAUGUCAAACCUGCUUGAUAUUGCCCUCACGAAUCACGGAUUAAUCGAUGACGCUCAUUCUACUGACACCUCACGGCCCUCUUUGUCUGACGAUGGAUCUGAAACCGCUAGCGACGUUGACGAUGGUGACGAGUCAAAGCCACGGUCCAAGUCCAAGAAGAAGCAAAAGCGGGUGCGAUCGUGGGCUGGUUCCUUGCUGACUCGCAAGGCUAAACAUCAAAAAGACAAGAAGCAGAGACCCCCGGCCUUGACUCCCCCGGCCCUUUCACGGACCAACUCUGAUGUGGGAUCGGCUAUGGAUGUUGAUUUAGAUAACGAUGUUGUAGUCAUUCGGACGCCCACUAAUCCCGACGCCCCAUCGUCUGUCCAUCGCGCCGAGGGGCAACCGUCUACGUUUGCGCCUGCGCCUCCUCCUGUUCCUAGCCUGGAAACAGCAUGGAAACCAAGGACUUUCUACGAACAAACGGCACAGGAGGACACGCUAAGCAGCCCGGUGAUCGAUCUCGAUGCCGCGUUGGGCCCAUUCAAUACGCCAGAUAUGCGCCCGGCCCGUGGCACCCCAAGCAAGUUCGUCCUGGCAACACAAAACAUGUACAGUGGUGGCCGACGUGGUGAAUUCGUUGGCCCUGAGAUGCGAUACCACCGCCGUACAGAAAGUGCCCCAGUUAUGCAACCGUUUGAUCGAAGCGCAUUCACCGCGACCCGUCUGGGCGGUGCUGCUCCUGACACUCCAGAUGUAUUCUACGAAGAAGAGGAAGACGCCUUCCUGGCUGCCAAUCAAUCACCCAAGAACGAGCCAGCCCCGGGGGCAGCAGAAGCGGCCGCAGACUGUUCUAUCGAUGCUCGAGUGGAGACUCCCCUAGCUGCUAUGGGGGAUGAUGAGAAGUCAACCAAGUCCGUCCAGAGUAGUGAUUCCGCCGAUACUUUAACUCGUGCCCCAACACCGGCGCCUAAUCCCCAGCAAGCUGGGCUUGGGAUCCAGUCUACAGCCGACCGGCCUUCAAGUGAGAGUCAAAGCGAAGACUCAAAGGGAAAAGAUACUAUCGAAUUCCUGCCGCUUGCCAAAAACCCUUCGCCCUUUCCCCCUCGCAGCCCCGUGGAGAUCCUCAAAUCGGAAGAAUGCGCUCCCAAACAGACGGGGCAACUGAGCCCCGAUGUAUCACCCCGGUUUUUAGCCGUUGACAAGCGACCAGCAACAUCGCCUAAUGAAUUACUGCCCAGCCUCCAGCCCAGCCUUCCGCCCUUCUCAUUAUCAGCAGGCGUUUCACCGUCUGAUUCGUCUUUCCCGUCUCCUGAUGUGCCACGAUUUUCCGAUCGCAACUUUUCCAGCUAUUCCCAUCACCAUCUGCCCUCCGACUAUCAAUACGCUUCGGUCGAAGACGUGCCGUCUUUGACGAGCAGCGCCUCCACUAUGACCAACACCCUGGGUCGGUUCUCUGCUUCUUUCUUCCCUCGUGCUCGCCUCUCGACCGACCGUGCUGCAUCAUUUUCCGCGACCGUUCAUCGUCGGAACAGUCACGCUACAUCAUCCAAACGGUCUAGCCUGGCAAGUUUGUCGAAGCUAGUCGGAGGCCCCAAUUCCGAGCGAAGCAAGCUUAGUCAAGAAGAGAAACCGCCGAGUGAUAUUCCCGAAAAGAAUAGAAGGAAGAGUCGUCGACUGAACCGUCUGAUGCAUUUUUGGAAAGUGAAAGACAAGGAGAAGUCGACCACUGAUCCGGCCGGCCCGUCGGAGCCAUCUGUUUAA